AUAUCUGUCAUUCUGUUUGGCAACAGUCGCCUUCCCAUUUUCCCCAUUCACCAAUCGUACUUGAAGAGGACCCUGAGUUGAACAGAGACCUGACCCGCUAUUCUUAGUGCCGACUACUGACUAACGCUAUCCAUCAACUUACUGCAACUUUGUCCCCUCCCAACUCCCAGGGUGCCGCUGCAAACUACAGCACUGCACUGCAUUGCACACCUCCUUUUCCAGCCCAUCUUGACCUACUUACAACCACGUAGCUGGCAGCCCCGAAUCCACACACUUUCCUCCAGCAACCAUUUCGAAUCGUGUCGAUACAACCUCCUGAGUCUGAAGGCCUUAGAACUUUCAUAGACGAGCUACAAGACUUUGUCAGCUAGAGACAGGCCCUCCUCCUUUUACCUACGUCACUACAACCUAUCACAAUUAUGGCCAACGACGAGUACGAUUUUCUCUUCAAGGUGGUGCUGAUUGGAGACUCUGGUGUCGGAAAGUCCAACCUGUUGAGCCGAUUCACCCGGAACGAGUUCAACCUGGACUCCAAGUCUACCAUCGGCGUUGAGUUUGCCACUCGGUCCAUCCAGGUCGAUUCCAAGACCAUCAAGGCGCAGAUCUGGGACACCGCAGGUCAGGAGCGCUACCGCGCCAUCACCUCCGCCUACUACAGAGGCGCGGUCGGUGCCCUUCUGGUCUACGACAUCAGCAAGCACCAGACAUACGAGAAUGUCACUCGAUGGCUUAAGGAGUUGCGGGACCAUGCCGAUGCCAACAUCGUCAUCAUGCUGGUGGGCAACAAGAGUGAUUUGCGGCAUCUGAGGGCUGUGCCGACAGAAGAGGCCAAGUCGUUUGCCAGCGAGAACCACCUCUCCUUCAUCGAGACGUCUGCCCUUGACGCCAGCAACGUAGAGCUUGCUUUCCAGAACAUUCUGACCGAGAUCUACCGAAUCGUGUCGAGCAAGGCCCUCGACAGCGGCGAUGGCGCCCAGGCACAGAUCGGGGCAGGCACAAACAUUUCUCUGAGCAAGCAGCCAGAGGAUGGCUCGAAGGCGGCGGGCAAGUGCUGUUAAUGGGCAGGUCAGCACUCGCGCGUGUGCACGAAACUGAUGAUGAUACAUGGCGUCACAUACGAUGGGAAACAAAUGUCGGGGCAGUAGAAGAGAGCGGCCACAAGCCACAGAGAUAGGCGACGGGAUUACGGAUCUGCGGACGGGUCUCUUUGGGGCGGGGUUUGACGAUUGAUUUUCUCAGCUAUUAAGGAGUCAUGCUACUUGCUCUUCUGUUUUGUUCGUACCUUUUCGUGCUCUUGUUAUUGGGAGAGAGGGUAAUACUACUACUACUGCGAUCCCUUGUUU